GCAACAGGUAUAAUUUUAGAAAUAUUAAUGUCUUCCCACUGUGGGUUUCACAUGCCUUGGAGUCAGACUUGUUCUUCAUUAAUUAUUCAUAUAUGUAAAGAUUGGAGAGCAGCAUUUUCAAGUUGACAGCAAUGUGUCCAAAGCUACCACUUUUGCUGGUGUUAUUCCUCUAUUAUGCCAUUACAAGCUUGGGAUCUGACCCUGAUCCUGUCCAAGACUUUUGUAUCCCCAGCACAGGGAUUGCAGCAUGCAAGAAUUCGUCGGCUGCCACGGUCGAAGAUUUCGUGUUUUCCGGCAUAAAGUUUCCGGGGAAAUUCAGUGAAACAGGUUUAGCAGCUACGUCAGUGAAUGUCAACAUCUUUCCGGGAUUGAAUAUACUAGGCAUGUCGUUCGUUCGAGCUGAUUUCGAAGUCGGCGGCAUCAACAUGCCGCAUUUCCAUCCGAGAGCAACCGAAAUAGCAUUUGUUCUUGAAGGGAAAAUCUACUCAGGAUUCGUCGAUACCGAAAACCGAAUCUUCGCUAAAGUGAUUGAGAAGGGUGAAGUCAUGGUGUUUCCAAAGGGGCUAUUGCACUUUCAAAUGAAUGUUGGAGAUAUGCCUGCAACAAUCUUGGGAAGUUUCGACAGCCAAAAUCCAGGUUUGGUCAGAAUUCCGAAUGCCGUUUUCGGUUCCGGGAUCGAAGAAAAGCUUCUGGAGAAGGCCUUUGGAUUGAACUCCAAGGAGAUUGCCAAGCUGAGGAAGAGGUUUGCUCCACAUUAGUAGCCAUAUUGUCAUAUUGCCAAGCUGCUACAAUAAUUGUCAUAUUGUCUGCAGAUUGUUUAGAGAAGUUUUUAGAACAGAUUAUAUAAAAAAAAAAUGAAUUGUUCCUGGUUUGAAUUAAACAAUCACAAUUUUUUUUAAA